UCUCUUGUGUGUACCCGAUGACCUCAAUUGACACAAGUAACAAUAAAACCUGCUCCCUUCCAUGGAGAUGAGGCCAGAGCAGCGCCACCGCCACGACCACGUCCACGAGGAAGCUGAGGAGGAGGGAGACGCCAUGGAGCACGGCGGUCUCUCUUUGCACCACGGAGCCACCACCUUCGGCCGGCGGCGCGACGAGGAGGGCGGCCGCCGGGGUGAGAUCCGGGAGGUGGACUUCUUCUCUCGAGACUCUAGUGCCCGACGGCAAGAACACGGCGGUCGUCGAGGUGGAGUACAAGGUGGUGGCCGUGAAGACGUCAACAUCGGGCUGCUAGACCUACUGACCACAGCCACCGCCACCACGACAAGCGCCGCCGGCGAGGAAGGGGGAACGGCGAAGAAUCACAAAAUGGAGGUGACGGCGGUGGAAGCGGAUCUCCGGCGGGUGGUGGAGGAGAACCGGCGGCUGCGGGGCAUGCUCGAGGAACUAACCCGGAGCUACGGCGCGUUGUACCAACAGGUUCUCCAGGUCACGCAGCAGCACCCACAUCACCACCAUCCUGAUCUCAUGAACAACAACCGAUCAUCACUGACAACUACCCACCUGACCACAGCGGGCGCGCCCAACACGUCGGCACGGCAGUUGCUGGAGGCGCGAGAGUCCCCCACGGCGCAGCCGCUGGCCGAUGCUGGAGUGGACGACGAGGCCAGUGACGGGGUCGGGGAAGCGUCGCCUUCGCUGAGCAAUGCAGCAAACAGUAAUGACGUCGACAGCAAGAGGAAGAUAUCUCAAGAUGGGACGGCGCCGCCGAAGGAGAACGGCGAGCAGGCGUCGUCGGAGCUGCCGGGCCGGAAGGCGAGGGUAUCCGUGCGCGCGCGAUCCGAGGCACCAAUGAUUAGUGAUGGUUGCCAAUGGAGGAAGUACGGGCAGAAGAUGGCCAAGGGUAACCCAUGCCCGAGAGCAUACUACCGGUGCACAAUGGCUGCGGCAUGCCCCGUGAGGAAGCAGGUGCAACGGUGCGCCGAGGACAAGACGAUCCUUGUCACGACUUACGAGGGCAACCACAACCACGCGCUGCCGCCGGCGGCCACAACCAUGGCGAACACCACGUCUGCUGCCGCGGCCAUGCUCCUCUCCGGCCCGGUCACCAGCCGCGACGGCGCCGCAGCCCUCCUCGGCCACCCCGCGGCGCUGUACCACCACUCCAUCCCCUACGCGUCCACAAUGGCCACGCUCUCCGCCUCCGCGCCGUUCCCCACUAUCACCCUCGACCUCACACAAGCGCCGGGCGCCGGCGGGAACGGCAGCUUGUCUCACGGACUCCACCGCCCGCCGGGUGGUAUCCAGCACCCUGCGGUGGCCCCUGCGAUGCCGUUCCCGGUGCCGUCGCCACUGGCGAUGUACCUCCCGCAGAGGGCGCCCACGGCGACCAUGCCGGCCGAGCUGAGCGCGCGGCCGCUGUCGGUGAUGGAGACGAUGACCGCGGCGAUCGCGGCCGACCCCAAUUUCACUACAGCGCUGGCGGCCGCCAUCACGUCGAUCAUGGCAGGUGGAGCUCAUCAGGUUCAGCCUACUCCACGUGGCGGCCCUACUGUCGGCGUCGCUGGAGACGGCAGCGGCGGUGCCGGAGCCGCCACGGUGGCGCCGACGGGCGGAGCACAUGCGAGGUCCGGGUCGCCUCGAUUCGCGACGCAGUCAUGCACCACGUCCACUUAGAACUUGUAAGCAUGAAUGUAUUUAUGUACACACACAUACGAGGUAUACUUGUAUUAUGUACAGUUAAAAAGUUGAGAUAAUACUAGGUGAUUAAUGCA